AUGCACAGUCAGGUUGCUAAGCAGCCCGUCUUUCAGAAAGUUGGUGUUGAUGCUGAUGUGACAAUCCAGCUUCAGAGCCUCCUCGUACCCGUAAACAGGGUCCUCCGAGGUCUCCAAGCACCGGGUUGUUGUUUUGAACUCGAUUUUGAAAAACUGCUCCAAUCCACUCAAUUGCCGUUGCACAGCACUCAGGAUCUGCGAUUCAUCGACCCAUUGCCCACCAUGAGCACAUCUAACUGCAGAUUCUACGAAAACAAGUACCCCGAGGUGGACGAGGUGGUGAUGGUCAACGUCCAGCAGAUCGCUGAGAUGGGGGCCUACGUCAAGCUGCUCGAAUACGACAAUAUUGAAGGUAUGGUUCUGUUGUCGGAACUGUCCAGAAGACGUAUUAGAUCCAUCCAAAAACUUAUAAGAGUGGGAAGAAACGAAGUCGCGGUCGUGCUGAGAGUCGACAAGGACAAGGGAUACAUCGACCUGUCCAAGAGAAGAGUGUCUUCUGAGGAAAUCGUCAAGUGUGAAGAGAGAUUCAACAAGUCCAAGGCUGUGCACUCGAUUUUGAGAAGAUGUGCCGAGAAAUACAACAUUCCUUUGGAGAAGCUGUACGAGACGAUUGCUUGGCCUUUGAGCCGAGAAUACGGCCACUCGUUCGACGCGUUCCGGAUCUCCAUCACCGACCCAACCAUCUUCAACAAAAUAACUCCGCCUUCUGAGGAGGUGUUGGAAGACCUGAAGGAGCACAUUUCCAGAAGACUGACUCCGCAGGCCAUCAAGUGCAGAGCAGACAUCGAAGUGUCGUGUUUCUCGUACGAGGGAAUCAGCGCUAUCAAAGAGGCUCUCACUGCCGCCGAGGCUCUGAGUACAGAACAGAACCAGAUCAAGGUGAAAUUGGUGGCUGCACCAAGAUACGUUAUCACCACCCAAUCUCUAGACAAACAAACAGGAAUUAACAUUUUGAACGAGGCCAUAGAAAAAGUGAACCAGAUCAUCACCAAAUAUGGCGGAGUGUGCGACGUGGCCAUGGCUCCAAAGGCCGUCACUGCUACUGAAGAUGCCGAAUUACAGGCUCUUUUGGAAAGAAAAGAGUUGGAGAACGCAAUGGAAUCCGAGGAUUCUGACGAGGAGUUUGACGAGUUGCCGUCAAAGUCGUCUAAUCUGAAGAUAUCCACGGCCAAGUCCAAUUUGCUGUAUAUCAUGGUAGCAGAGCUGGUGGAACACAGAACCCUGUCCAAACAGAACGAUGUCCAGAACAGGCGCGUCAGAAGCGACACUUUGUACGACAGACGGAAGUAUAUCGACCCUGUGCUAUGGUCUGGCGAGUUGCUGGCAAAUUUCGAAAGCUGGUUCUUGGCAGCGUUGUUAUGGAGACCUAGGUCGAUGAUCAGAAUACAUGCACGACUGACGUACUCUCUAGCGACCUGGGGUCCCGUGGGGGCCUCUUCCUGGUUGCUCAUGAGCAAGAACCCCUGGAUCAGCGUGAUUUUAUUUAGCUCGCACAGUUUCAGAAGCUCGCACUUGCGACGAAGCUGUUCUGCGGUCGACCUGAUUUCGUCUGGGUCCAGGUCCGUAUCGUAG